AUAUAAACUUAGAUCGCAUACACCAACUAGAGUCAACGAUAGAUUGAUAAAGCAAACAAAUGUCUGAAUCGUACAUAUCAAACACAAACUCAAAUAUGAUAAAACGAUGAAAACUAUGGCUCGAAGAAUAAUUAAAGUAAAUUACACGAAAACGACGCUCAGUAAUAAUCUCAAACGAGGAGCAAAUGGGCUGCAACGAGGAAAGAAAGUGCCACGGCGUCGAUUCUUACAUUGAAAGCUCCGGAAUCCCCCGGCGAGGCCGUAGCCGGUGGCAUGGGUCCCGGUCCCGGAGAAGGAGAAGAUUCCAUUGCUGGUGGCAUCGGUGGCGAAGCCAUAUCGGGGACAGUUGCUGGGCUAGGGCCUGGGCUCAUAGGAGUAGUUGGUGGGCUCAUUGGGCUUGAAGAUGGAGUCAUUGGCGUCAUAGGUGGUGUAGCCAUGGACAUUGGCGGUGGAGCCAUAGGCAUAGGUGGUGGAGUCAUGGGCAUAGGUGGUGGUGCCAUAGGCAUAGGUGGUGGAGUCAUCAUAGGUGGUGGCGCCAUAGGCAUAGGUGGUGGAGUCAUCAUAGGCAUAGGUGGUGGAGUCAUCAUUGGCAUCGGAGAGCCGCCGCUAGGCAUUGGUGGCAUGGACAUUGAGCCAGAAGGAGCCAUCAUGGGAGAUUGAGCUAAAGAGAAGGGGAUUAACACCAUAGACAGUGUGAGCAAAAGGAGGGCUUGUGAAGAAGCCAUCAUGGGAGAUUGAGCUAAAGAGAAAAGGGGUGUUGGGGGUGCUGGAUAGUGGUCUAUGUAAAGUGAUAUAUAGAAAGAGAGAGAGAUGUGAGAAUUUUCAAAGAGCGAGCGAGAAAAGUAAAGGUUCUUUGUGC